ACGCGCUCUACGCCUUGCACAAUAUUCGUAAACAAACACAAUGAAAGCUCCGUUGCAAGCCAGCCACUAGCUCGUGUAUAUCAAGUUUUAGUCUUUGUGGCGCUUUUGUGUGGAGCGCACACGAUUUACGAUUCGCGUUGAACUUUGUGCCUCUGUUCAUCUCUAUCUCGCUUUCACACCAACAACAACAACACAAAUACCUGUAACUCUGUACAACUGUGUGUGCGUUUGUGUAAGGAAAAGCUACCAAGAAAAUUUGGUAUGAAAAAUCGGUGAAAAUCCCUGCAGUCGUCGCCCAACGGAAUCCCAAUUGUCAAAUUCCGUUACUGUUAUAACAAAUUGAGUGAACUGUGCCGGAUAUUUCAGAUUAUUAAUUCAUUUUCUUUUGGCUUUCGGUGCACAUAUCAACAACAUCAACAUAUAAAAACAACGUGUCGGCUUGUGGGAAACAAGAAAAAUCGAUCCCUGCGAAAAGUGCAAUGCGAGAAACUACAAAAUUUUACGUUUCAGUUCAUACUAGAUAGACUUAUAAUUUUCGUACAUACAUACAGACAUACAUAUGUAUGUAUAGUGAAAACAACAACAAUAACAACCAAUUUUGCAGAUAUAUGUGUAUUUUGUGAGUAAAAGUUGUUGUCUGUCGGAACGGCGAGAAAACGAGUGAACAACGAAUUACGUUAAUAGUAAAUAAACGCGCAAUAGUUAAAGCAACAGCCGCGGUAACAGAAACAACAACAACAACAACAACGCGCUUAGUCAUCCGUGUGAGUUACGCCAGCGUCUCUGUGUGCGUGUGUGUGUAUUUGUGUGUGGUGUGUGUAAGCAGUAUCUAUAAGAUACAAUAGUAGCUGGAAACUCGCUACGCAACAAUUGUUAUCUUGCCGCCCACCUCAUACACGCCCCCAUCCCAACACCACUAUUCGAGUCUUGAAUGCAACGACGACGCCACUGCCGCUGCAAGGAGCUUCAGCAUCGAGGUGUAAAAAGCGUAGAAAAUAAUUACCAAUUGCAUACGCCUGCAACAACAAUAAUCACAAUAACAACUACAACAAAAAUAACAACAAAAGCGACGUUACAUUGACUGUAACCUGUUGUUGUUUGGCCGACUUGCUCACCUUUCAUUGUCCAUAAACGGGCCUGCCUACACGUUCUAUUUGGCCAAUUGGUUAACACACAGACGACCGCUCUAAACCACACCUGUUUGAAGCUCCGAUACGGCCAGCAGCACCAGCAGCAGCAGCAGACAACCUCGUUUGGACCUCGGUUGAACAAAUAUUCGGUACUAAGCCACAAUUAAAUUGUAAUUGUAAUCGCAUCAUAAUGUCGCGUCUAACGGAGGAAAUGGUCAUUGCCCGUGCCAAGCAAUCGGAUUUGUCGCUAAUUAAAAAACUCAAUUGUUGGGGAAGUGAUCUCAGCGAUGUAUCCAUAAUCAAACGUAUGCGUGGUGUUGAAGUUUUGGCGCUUAGCGUCAACAAAAUCAGCACACUGUCGCCCUUUGAAGACUGCACAAAACUACAAGAGUUGUAUUUACGAAAAAAUAACAUACAAGAUAUCAAUGAAAUAGCCUAUUUGCAAAACUUGCCCGCUCUCAAAUAUCUGUGGCUCGAGGAGAAUCCGUGCUGUGAGCGUGCGGGGCCAAACUAUCGCGCCAUUGUGUUGCGUGCCUUGCCGAACCUCAAGAAACUGGAUAAUGUGGAGGUGACGCAAGAGGAAAUGGAUGAUGCGCUGCGAGGCAGUGCUGGCGCCAUUCCUGAGGAUGAGGUCUAUGAGGAUGCCUAUGAGGCGAGACAGCAACAACAACGCACUUCCCCACAGCAGCAGCAGCAGCAGCAACAACAACACCAACAGCAUCAGCAGCACAGUUAUCCACAGCACUCGCCACCGCCACAGCAGCAUUACCAACAACAACAACAACAGCCACAGGCCUCGCCAAGUUCUGCGCAUGCGCAGUAUCAUCAGCAGCCGCGUCGCAGUUCGAGUCCCAUGAAAGAGCCGCCACAAUUAGCAAGUCCGCUUGCUAAUAGCAGUGAUGGAACUAAUAAUGUCAGCGAUUUGUAUAAUAGUCAGAGUCAAAACUCAAAGCCCACAACACCCACAAAGGAACCCGCGCAUCCGCCAUCACCCAAAUAUAAUACAAUAACUAAAGAGCAGCGCACAUCCUUUUAUCAGCCUGAUCGGUCGCCCGGCUCCGAUCAGGAGAGCCCCCAUGCAGGCUAUAGAGAGCGUUCAGCUCCCAUACCGCCCAGCAUAUCAACUCAUUCCAUGAAGGAAUACUAUCAGUCCGAUCGGCCAGCGUAUCCAGCUCAUUAUCGCCAUAGCCAGACCGAUUUGACGGAAUGGGAGGAGCAUCAACAGCAUCAGACCCCUCAGGUCCAUCACAACCCCUAUGGUAGUCAAAUGCAACUACAUCACGCCCAGCGUCGUGCUGCGGGCGCCGAGAGCGAUCGCUACGGGUAUCGCAAUGGGAGCGCACGUGAGAAUGGCGGCGAGUGGGACGGCGAGGAACGGCCGCGUUCCAGACGUCCCGAGGGUCGCUACAGCGAUUCAGCCAGCAACGUUUCAGCCAACGUAAUGAACCAUUAUUCGGGCUAUCAUCGACGUCCCAUUAAUAGGAACUCAAAUCUGUUGUCGGCUACACUGUGUCUGGUCAAGGAAUUGGAUUAUGCCAGCUUGGAGGUGCUCGAGCAUGCCGUACGGUGUCGCAUCGAUGAAUUGGCGGGCGAAUGAUGAAGACGGCUCUCUAAUCGUUUAUCGAUUAGUUAAUAGAAGCAGUCCUUCGGGGCACUCGAAGUGUCUGCGAGACUAGACUAGUGUGCAAUACUGUCUGUCUGUCCAAAAUGCUGGAAUAUUUACAAAGACCAACAAAAAGACACUUAUAAUUAAUAAUACACACACACAAAAACACACACACUCAGCAACAACAAUUACAACCAGAAAAAAAAUUCUCGAAAUUGUUCUAAAACUUAGUAUAUACUUACGAAAUAAAUAACUUACCUAACAACAACUAUA